AUUAUUUAGUAAACAUGAAUAAAAUAUAAAAGAAAAUGAUAAUCGAAGCUGAUUAUUAGAAAAUAUAAGAGGAAAAGAAAAGUAUAACAGCAAUAGAACCAGAAAUAACUGUUGAAAACAAACCAAAAGGUUCUAGUUUUUAUAGAUUAAUACGAUAUUCAUGGAAGCAUAAAUUAUUGUUAUUUUUAGGGAAUUUAGGAUUAAUAGUAACUUCUCUUUCAAUGGUGGCUCUUCCAUAUUUAACAGGGUAUAUAAAAAAUAUAAUAUAAGAUAAAUGAUAGAUUCAAUAACAAAAUCUGAUGGUAAAGAAGAUCUAAAUAAAUUAACAUUUUAUUUCAUAAUAUUAACAAUAGUAUCAGCUUUGUUUACUUUUUUGAGGGCUUACGCAUAUAAUAUAUUAGGUGAAAAAAUAACAUUUGACUUAAGGAAUGAAUUAUUUUAAAAGAUGAUAACAAAAGAUAUAGAGUUCUUUGAUUCAAAUAGAUCAGGAGAACUGAUUUCAAGAUUAUCUUCAGAUAUAUCUGUAAUAAAUAAAGGAGCAAAUGAUUCAAUAUCAAUGAUAUUAAAAAAUGCAGUGUAAUUUAUAGGAAGUUUAGUAUUAUUAUGGUUUAUAAGUUGGAAUCUAACUUUAGUUUUAUUUUGUGUAAUUCCACCAUUUACAAUAAUAGUAAUAUUAUUUGUGAGAACAUAUAAAAAAUUAACAAAAGAAUAUUAAUAAGCAGUAGCAGUUUCAACAUAGAUAGCAUCUGAAGUUUUGGGAAACAUGAGAAUAGUAAGAUCUUUUUCAACAGAAGAGAAGGAAGGACUUUAAUAUAGAAAUGCAACAACAAAAGUAUAUGGAAUAGGAAAUAGAAUAGCAAUUUUGGGAAGUUAAUUUAUGUCAAUAGGAAUUUUGUUAGGUUAUGCAGUGAUUUUAUCUAUUUUAUAUUAUGGAGGAAGCUUAGUAAUUGAAGAUAAAUUAACAAUAGGAGAUUUAAGUUCAUUUGUGUUAUAUACAUUAACAAUGACAAGUAAGAUAUAUAUUAAUAAAAUAGUAUCUUUAUUAGCUGUAAGUGGAUUGAUGAAUUAGAUGAUAUCAGCAGCAGCUGUUUCUGAAAAAAUAUUUUAAAUUAUGGAUCAUCCAGUUAAAAUUUAGAAUGGUUCAAUUGAUUCUUAAAAUGUGACUGGAGAAAUCACACUUAAAAAUGUUACUUUUUAAUAUCCAACUAAAUUAAAUGUGACUACUUUGAAAUCAAUAGAUUUAGAGAUUAAAAAAGGAGAAGUUGUUGCAUUAGUAGGAUAAAGUGGGAGUGGAAAAUCAACAAUUGUUUAAUUAUUAGAGAGAUUUUAUGAUUCAAAUGAAGGUUAAAUACUAUUUGAUAAUAUUGAUAUUAAGGAAUACAAUUUAUAAAAGCUUCAUUAAUCAAUAGGAUUUGUUGCUUAAGAACCAACUUUAUUCUCUGGAACUUUAAAAGAAAAUAUUACAUAUGGUGUUGAUACUUUUACAUAAGAGGAUAUUGAUAAUGCAAUGAAAUUAGCAAAUGCUUAUGAAUUUGUUUCUAAUAAAUCAAUAUUUCCAGAUGGAUUAGAUACUAUUGUUGGAGAAAGAGGAGUUAAAUUAUCUGGAGGAUAAAAAUAAAGAAUUGCUAUUGCAAGAGCUUUAAUUAAAAAUCCUAAAAUACUUAUAUUUGAUGAAGCAACUAGUGCUUUAGAUUCUGAAUCAGAAUUCUAAGUUUAAUCUGCAAUUGAUGGUUUAGUUUAAACAGGAUAAAAAACAAUCAUCAUUAUUGCUCAUAGAUUAUCAACUAUCAUUAAUUCUAAUAAAAUUGUUGUUAUUCAAAAUGGAUAGAUUGUUGAACAAGGAAAACAUUUAGAUUUAAUUGAUAAAAAUGGAAUUUAUAAAUAAUUAAUUGAAAGAUAACUAACUUGA